ACCCGCCGUCGAGAAUAUUCGCGCGUGCAUAUUCCCGGAGCUCGUCUCGAAAGUGUGGUUAGAAUUGCAUUUUUUGUUCGCGCAAACACGCCAUCUGUCGUCGCGUCGAUCUGACAGAGACGACGGCGCCCGAGGGCUCAGUUACGGUGAAGGCGAUUGGAGCUUGCGUGCAUCCACGGUGGAGACGAGUAACCAAGUGUUUACACGCGUGUGCAAACUACGAGCGACUUGCCACGCCAUUUUACGCACGCAUGAGCACGUCGUGAACGAUCACCAGGUGCGCCCAGCUCGGAGAUCUCGCGCCCUGCUGGCUCAUCGCUCGCCCUUGGUCGUGUAGCUGGCUGGCGGGUAGCCGACAUGGCGGCGCACCGAUGAGCCAAUCGGAGCGCCGCUCUUACGGGCUUCCACCAACGACGACGACGACGACUACGUCGCCAUCGUGCGGCCAGAGACGCUUCCGCCGCGUCGUCACUCACUUGCCGUCGAAUUCGACGGGUGGUUUUUUUCGCGCACAUUGCAGCCGACAAAUUGAUAUACAAAGGUGAGCUAUCGCAACGACGAGCAGCGGUCGACGGCUGGAGGUGUGCCCACGCACGCAUCGAUACGACACGCACACACAUACACACACACACACACAUACCCAGCACGGAAUCCCGGUCCGCGUCGCGGCCGAUUGUGUUUGGUCACGUGACCGUGGCUGCUGUGGCCGAGAAAUGGCGCAAAGAUCGGAGUGCGGACAUGGGAUCCAUUUCGUUGCCGCGGCGAUGUCACUUGUGUUUGUUUACAAGCGCGCGAGCACGCGCGCCACGUGCUGAAUAGUGAGGAGGUGGCGAGGAGAGGCGCGGUGAGGACAGGAGAGGAGAGAGUAGGGUAAGGUAGAACGGACGUGUUAAUAGGCGAAGAGAGGCGAGGAGGAGACGCGUGCGAGAUCGGCAGGUAGGCCCUCCCCCUGCCCCCGGGAGAGAGCGAGAGUGACACUAAGACACGCAGGGGCCCCGCGAGGCCCGUGGGUGCGCGAAACGAGGUUGGCGACGGGCCCACCGGCGGCGAGCACGAUCACGGAGACGACGUCGACUACAACGGACGACAACAAUGACGGGGAGAGGCUCGAAAAGACGGGGGCGGCCGCCCAAGUCUGUCGUGAUGGAGCGGCCGAAGAAGUUUCAGUUUCACCUGUUGAAGAAACCGAAGUACCUGCAGAACAGAACAGCAAGCGGUGCUGAGACACCAGGCUCGCAGCCGAGCACGCCCACGGCGUCGAGACCGACCUCGCCGUCGGUGGAGAGCGAGGAGAGCAACAACAAGCGCUGCACGCGAACGCGUAGAUCCCGCGGCCAACGCGAUCGGCAUUCUCGCAAGGGUGGCCACAGCGGUUCUACGGGUGGUGGCGGCGGUGCGUAUCAGCGUCGCGGUUACAACCCCAAUGUGGACUAUGGUGAUUCUGAGUACCAUUACGGUUCGGAUUUUGGUGACGAAUCAAGCGAGAAAAGCGAGCCCGACGAGGACCCGCUACACAGCGACGUCGACUCGUCCGAGAGCAUGGAGGAGCCAGACCCUUCGAGCGACAGUGACUUCUCAUUGUCCAGUUAUAGCACCACCAGCGGUACGCCUCGCAAGACUCCCCUUGUUCAGCAGAGACCACCUAGUCCGGAGCCUUUAUGGUUGCAGAAUCGAGAUCUGCCACCGUUAGUGUUACCCAAGACCUCGGACGACCUGUUGGUGCCCAAGGAACUGGUGAUGCCGUCGUUGUCUAUUUAUGAAGUACUUCGACAUUUUCGCACGCUUGUGCGACUCUCCUCUUUUCGCUUUGAGGACUUUUGUGCAGCCCUCAUGUGCGAAGAUCAGACUAAUUUGCUUGCUGAGAUUCACAUGAUGCUGAUCAAAGCGCUGCUGAGGGAAGAGGAUUCGCAGCAAACCCACUUUGGGCCGUUGGACCAGAAGGACUCGGUGAAUGUCAGCUUGUACUUUGUCGAUUCCAUGACCUGGCCAGAGAUAUUGCGCUCGUACGUGGAGAGUGACAAGAGUUUUGAUCAGGGUAUUCUGCAAAUACUCACCACUACUGAAUAUCCGUUUACUGCCAUUGAGGAUAGAAUCAAGGUCCUACAGUUUUUAACAGAUCAGUUCCUCAUUACCAAUCCAGUGAGAGAGGACUUAUUACACGAAGGGAGUAUGCAUUACGACGAUCAUUGUAGAGUGUGUCAUCGUCUGGGUGAUUUGUUGUGCUGUGAGACCUGUCCGGCUGUGUUUCACUUGGAAUGUGUGGAACCACCACUGGUGGAUGUACCUACCGAGGACUGGCAGUGCAGUACGUGCAAGGCGCACAAAGUGACGGGCGUCGUGGACUGUAUUCCCGACGUCGAGAAGAACGGAUCAUUAUGCAGGCAGGAGCAUUUGGGAUUCGACAGACAUGGCAGAAAGUAUUGGUUUCUUGCGAGGAGAGUCUUUGUCGAGAGUGAAGACGGCGAAGUGUGGUAUUACAGUAUGUCGUUGCAGCUAGAGGAAUUAAUGCUCAUGUUGGAUCAAAAUGAAAUGGAAGUCGCGCUGUAUCGCGAGUUAUCGGACUACAAGGACGAAAUUGUCCGUCAAAUGGAGCUCACGGAGUCAAUCACGAAUCAAUUUAAGGGAAAUAAGAAGUCGUAUCUAGAAAUUGAAAGUGGCAACAUACAGAAGAUACAGAAGGAACGAGCACAAGAGAAACAGAAAGAGGAGGAGAAGAAAGAGAAACAAAGGCAAGAGGCCGAAGAAAUGGUACGCAAGAUGCACGAAGAUUCUCCCGAGGAUCGUCUAACGACCGCAACGGAGCAGCAGAAAGACGCCAAAGCGUCGACGGUGAUUGACGAGUCAGCCGCAAAUGCUCAAGUACCUGAUGUGGUCAGUGAAACUGUCGAAGUUGACGCGGAUACGUCAUCAUCGACAACCGCGCCGAGCACGGACAAGGCCGUGAAGACCAGCGCUUCCACAUCGUCGUCCGAAGAUGUCGACGAAGAGAUGUUGGAAGGUGAGGAAGGCGUCACAAAGAUCGGGAAGGACGGCAAGAAACACACCAUCGUGACGAGGUCGAAAACGGGUUCGUUGCAGCCGCGCACCUUCAACAUGGACGACCUCAAGCGACGCAGCUCAGCACCGUUAUCCAAGGAGGAGCUGGAGAAACUGGACAAGAACGCGAAAGACACCGAGGCCGCCGACGGCACGACGGCACGAGUGACGCGGCAGAAAGCUCAUCAGAUCGCGUCCGGUACACAUCUGUUCAAGUUAGGCAUGGACAAUAACUUCAAGUCCUACGUGAAUCAGUACAGCACGAAUCCGGUCGCGCUCAACAAGACGCAGCGGAACGAAGAGCGCGACAAGAAGCGUCACCUGUCGCACAAGUUCUCGCUCACACAGGCUUCAGAGUUCAAGUGGGUAGGAAGUCUGACCGGCACUCGCGCCUUGUUGGUCAGCACUCUGCGCCAGACGAUACUGCAGCUGGAGAGCAACAUCCAGGCACCGUUCAUGCACACCAACUGGCCGUUGCUGCGGAAACCAUGGACUGUGGCGGUUGGUGCGUGUGUGAACCCGCGCGACUUUGCGCGCGCUCUCAUCGUGCUACAGGCGUGCAUCAAGUCUGUAGUGUUCGCCAGCGUCUGGCACGAUCAGCUCGGCCACGUGAAACUGCAACGCGUCACUGCGACUGAACGUGAAGAGAAGAAACGGCUGGACAAGAAGGAGAAGAAAGAGAAGGAGGACGAAGAGGAGCGUAAUCGACUGUUCAACUUCGUCAAGUAUACCCUCGGCCUCAAACAUCAGGUGUGGAAGCAAAAGGGCGAGGAAUACCGGGUGCACGGUCAAGGUGGCUGGCUCUGGGUGUCCGCAAGCCGUCGUUACCGUUACUCGGAGAUGACGAAGCACGGCCUGCGCGCCGGAGCGCAAAAAAUCAUGGUACAGAUACGCGAUCAGGCCGGCGUUAAGAUCCUCGCACUUGACCCGUCCACAUACGAGUUCCUGAUGCGAGAGUACUGCUUACCCAAGACGGAGAACAGUGUCGUGAAGCAGGAGAUCAAGGACGAGAAGAUGGAGAACGGCGAUGACGCGAGUAACGCGAUCAAGCGAGAGUUCAAAGUGGACGGUGUGAAAAAAGAGCCUAGUAUGGCCGACGGCGACGCAGCGGGUUCUUCCUCAACCUCCUCGUCGUCGGUGAAAACGGAACCCCAGUCAGUCAAGCAAGAAACGAAGAUGAAUCUUUCGUUUUUAACUGGUAUGAAAAUCGAGAAAGUUUUUACUCCGAUCGCCGAAUUCGACGAGCUCGACAUCACCAAGGCGCUGACUACCCCGGGAAGGCUAUAUUACCCCAAAAUUGCAAAGAAGACGAGGAUCGACGAUUUCCUAGCGCGUAGAACACAUUUAAAGACCUUGGAGGAAAGAAAAUUGCUACAGUCGGAAAAAUCUAAAGAACUCACGAACCAAGCGGCGGGUCAUAAAGGAGGUGCAGAUGGUGACACCGAGGUCGAUAUGGAAAAUCACGUGGAGAACACCAUCGGCGCCGGUGGAGACGGUCCUCUGUUGACCGACAAAAUGACGACGAACAAGACUGUAUCCGCCUCUACGAAGGAGAUGCUUUCAACGAUCAGCAAACGCAUUCAUCAAUUGCGCACUCAAUACGCGAAUAUCUCGAAACUCUGCAAGAACAUGGGCUGUUAUUCGCGCUACUGCAACAUGACACCGUCACCGUCGGUAACAGGCGCGACGAAGAAUAACACUGCGAUCACAAACACGAAGAAUCCUGCGUGCAAUUGUUACUCGCCUCUGUGCAUGCAGAAGGCGCGAAUCAAGAACGACCUAAUCGUGUUGUUGCGCAAGGCAAACGCUCUCAACAAUAAUCAGGUAUCGUCAUCCCCCGUCAAUACUUCCUCAUCGCCGCAAAACGCUGUGAAGACAGAAACCACCGAGGACUCUAAAAAUGUGACCAUCAAACGUGAUCCGGACUUGGCGACUCCAUAUAACGAGAAUGUCGAGAGGAAGCCGAAGGUCAUUGGCAGUCCGCUCGUGAAGAAGCUUAAGGUAGAGCCAGACGCAGAGAACACGACGGUGGUCGACGUGACGACUACGACCACUACCACUACCACGAGCAACGUCUCAGUCACCACUACCACUACCACGACCACCACUACGACAUCGAUGAAAAGCGCGAAUGGCGCGGUGUUACAGCAAGAACGUUCCACAAUUCACAAUUCCGUCACAGUCUCAUCCACAGAGACCAACAUGGUCAGCAACACGACAAGCAGCAACGGCCUGAAGAAGAAAGUGAUAGUGAAUCGUCGAGGUAGGAGCGUGCAACGGUGUGCGUAUCGCAAAGAACUGAAUGCGGAUGGCAGUGAGAAAAUCUACACAGCGACAUCGGCGCAAGGUAGAGUCUACCUGAAGAAAAUGGCGAUAACCGACCGGAAGAAGAAGCGCACACCGGUCAAGUAUCCGUUAUGCUCCACCUUCUGCACGAAGAAUAAGCACCGCAGCAUACUGCUGUUACCACAGCACGAACUCAGGAAAUUAUCGCGAGUGGGUGGCCGUAUACCAGUGCAGGGUUUCCAUCAUCAGGCUAAGGCGAAUCUUUCGGUCUGGCCGUAUCCUUGCCCGAGGCCGCUCUUCAAGACAUGCUGGCUAUACCGCACAGUCGGUCUCAAAUCGUUAGCAGCCGCUGCGAUUCAAUUGCGCAUACUUUGGGCAUGUUUGCGCUGGGAUGACAUGGCCGCCAAGCCGCUCUCCACCGACGGCAAGAGCCAGGUCACCACCGAUACCGAGCUCGUAACCUUGGAGAUACUAGAGCAUCGUCAUGUUGGACAGUUCCUCGAUCGCACGCAGUACAUGCGUCGUAAGGUUGUCAUACCUCUCGAGCUACCAAAGCAAGUUCGAGAAGUAACAUCCAUACGAAGCGGUCUGAGGAAACGGAAGCGCCCGGAAUCUCCGCAGAGCACUGAACCGCAAGUCACCGUGGAGUGGGUCGACGAGGACAAGUUGGACCUCUGGGAGAUUAAGCAGUAUGGCGAUAGGUUAGAGAAGGCUAAUGCCCAGAUUAUUACUAGGAGUCGCUCGGGAGUACCGCAGCCGGUAGUCGUGAGCGGUAACAGGACGUCGUCAACCACCUCGAAUACUACCGGCGCGGGCGAUCAGCUUGUGAGCGGUAAAGCAACGCCGGAAGAGAUCAAGGAGAAGAUGGAGCAGCAAUUACGUAUGCAACGGGCGGCUCAUCAGCAAAAACGAGCUCUGGAGACCCUCAAGAGUCCUGCAAAUUCCACGUCCCCAGCAACCCAGCUGGUUAAAGUCGCGACGAAUUCCUCUCAUGACGGCACAGUCAAGUUGGUCUCGAAAGUUGCGAUCCCCGCGAAUCCAAACAGCGGGACCAAAUCCCAGUUGACUUCUCUUCUAACUACUCCCACGCAGAACAAGAUUCUUGGGACGCGGCGAAUUUAUAUGACGAAAGCGGCCGAUGGCACGACCAAGGUGGUAUCUGGCCCCACCAGUAUUCUACCGAAAACAGCACAGAAUCAGUCGAACCAACUGCAAUCUCUAAUCAGAGUGGCGCCAGCAACUAACUCGCCAGUGCAAGUGCAGCAAAGAGUCCAAAUUUUGAGAGGACCCGAUGGAAAGUUGCAGGUACGCGGCCUGCUGCCCACCCAACAAUUGGUUCAGAUGCCAGAUGGAAAGCUACAUGUGCUGAAUGUGAGCCAUACUAAUACACAUCUGACACAGUGUAUCACGACGAAUUCGACGACGCCUACGACAACCUUGCAGGCGAAGACUGCUACAGUUAGCACGACCAAAGCCUCAGAGAACGCCACCGUGACCAAAGCUAGUCCGGUUAAAGUGACAACGAACUCUGCACAACAAGCGCAAACGCCUCAGCAGGUGCAAGUUGUGCAGGCCGUGCAACGUGUUAAAGGCACAGCUGUGACACUGGCACCUGCCACGUCAACUAAUCAAGCAACGAAAAGUGCUAUUGUAGUUGCCAGUCCCGGACAGACUGCACAGAUGAUAUCCACCGGCGGACAAGUGAUAAGCGGCAAUCAGAUAGUCGUGACCAACGCGAAUUUGGCGCAACAAUUGGCCUCUGGUAAAGCCCAGUUGACAACGAUUGGCGGCCAUCAGGUCGUGAUACGCGGCACGCCCACGGGAAAUCAGAUUGUCCAUCUGAACUCGACGAACAGCGGUAUAAUCGUGAAAGGAGCUGUUACGCCUACUAAACAGCAACAAGUUUUGCAAGCUGCACCAGCUUCAACAGCGGCUCAAUCUACCACAAGUACGAAUGCGAGCGCGACGACGACCACCGCCACUUCUACCGCUUCGUCAACAACGACAACCAGUCAGAGCUCUGCCACAACGCCUGCUCUAGGAAGCGUAGAGGCAUCUUUACUGGCUGGUCAGCCGCCUGGUACGGUGAUCAAGUGCGUGACAGCGCAGAUCCAAAUGACUGAGGGUCCGCGAAUUGUGCUGCAAGGCCUGCAGGGUGCGGAAUUUACGUCGCAACAAUUGGCUAUGGUUCAGCAACAAGUGAAACAACAGCUUCUCAAAGCGCAUGCAACGACUGGCAAGCAAGGCGUCUUAGGCCCUACAAAAAUUUACUUAGCUGUUCAACCAGUUCAGUCAUCCAACAAUCAACAGCAACAACAAGCUCAAACUCCUCAGGCUGCGUCGACGACAAAUACCGCCACGACAUCAAGCCCAAAACAGCAACAGUCUAUAGUUUCUACGCCAACUGUUACUGAAUCGCAAGGUUCUACCGAAACCAUUCCAGAACUUCCUCAGGCAAUAACAACAAAGUCGACAGACAAACCUAAAGUAGUAGUUCAACAAGUAGGACGUGUAAUAAACACGACCGAAGAUGAUACACAAAAGACGAACAUAGCUAAUGGGCAGCAACCAACGUCGCAGUCGCAAAAGGAUGGGAACGACUCGUCGACGAAUAAAUUCAUACUCACGCCGGACUACAUCCAACAAACGAUUAAAAACGCAUUGAAACAAGAGAACCUCAAUCCCGAGAUAGAGGAGAAAUUGUUGCAGCUACAACGGUAUCAAGAGAAACAGAUGAAAGGUAGCAGUGUGGAGAACUCAGUGGCUGGUAGUCAAACUCACAACUCGCCGGCUGCCACGACUCCACGUCCGCCGUCGCGCAAACGACCGGCACCCUCGAACAUUCCAUCGGCAGCGACAACGACGACGACGACGACGCCGACGAGUGCGCAGUCGUCUGGCGACGACAAGGACGACAAAGACUGGGUGGAGAUACCACCCAGGAAGAGACCGACGCAGAAGCAAGAAAGUCGCGAGAUACCAAAGGUGCCGAAACUAUCAGAGACAUUGGACAACGAUUCGUCGCCUAAGAACCGAUCCGCGAAACAAAAGGACAGCCAAGAGCAGCGGAGGAAGCAACAGGUGCAUUCGCGAAUGCAGGUUUUAUUAUUCCGUCAUAAGGAGCUUCUCAAGAAAGACAUCCUCAAGAAAAGAGCCUUGCUCGAAAAGGAGCUUCAAAUUGACAUACAGAAGGACUUGUCUGCGGAGCUCGCAACCAGGACGAAAGCAGAGAGGCACAAGCAGGACGAGGUGAAGGUCGGUAGUGCGAAACGCAAAGCAAAUGCUCAAUUGGCGCAACAGGUGAGCCCAUCGUCCAAUCGAAGCAGCAGCGGUAGCAGCAGACCGAAGAAACACCACAAAGCGCAAGGAAAUAGCGCGACACCACCAGGAGCUUCCUCGGCCGCCGCGAGUCGCAUUAAGAAGGAGAAGCUCUACUGCUUAUGCAGAACUCCCUAUGACGAGACCAAAUUUUACGUGGGCUGCGAUUUGUGUAAUAAUUGGUUCCACGGUGACUGUGUGGGCAUCACGGAAGAAAUGAGCAAGUCUCUGUCAGAAUUCGUGUGCACCGAAUGCAGACACGCAAGGGACACGCAGGAGUUGUAUUGCCUGUGUAAACAGCCUUAUGACGAAUCUCAAUUUUAUAUAUGCUGUGACAAAUGUCAGGACUGGUUUCACGGUCGAUGUGUGGGAAUUCUUCAAUCAGAAGCAGAUAACAUCGACGAAUAUGUUUGUCCGAAUUGCCAGCGAAACUCUUCUGUUAACUUUGCUAACAUGAAAAACCUAAACACAAAAGACCUCGACCUAUUGAAGAAAUUAAUCAAACAGAUACAGGCUCAUAAAAGUGCAUGGCCGUUUAUGGAACCUGUGGAUCCGAAUGAAGCACCUGAUUAUUACAAAGUGAUAAAGGAGCCAAUGGACCUGCAGACUAUUGAGUUGAGGAUAAAUGACCGCUCGUAUAAGAAGUUGAGCGAAUUUAUCGGCGAUAUGACUAAGAUAUUUGACAAUUGCCGCUACUACAACCCGAAGGAAUCGCCGUUUUUCAAAUGUGCCGAAUCCUUGGAGACUUACUUCGUACAUAAGAUUAAGAGUCUGAGGGAAAAAUUCUCUGAAGGAAAGUAAGCUGCAAUCAAAGAGAGACUUUGUGUGAAAAAACUAUAAAUCUUCAGAUCGAAGUGAAAUUGUGUGCACGAGAGAAAGAAAAUUAAUAUACUAAUUUAGUGCAGUGAUCUUCGGUGCGGAGGACGCGGACGAAAAGAAGGAGAAGGAAGAACACAUGUGCCAGUACACAGUACACGAAGACAAGCGAAAGAGGGGAAAACUGAGACUCUCUUGGAAUUAGAUUUAAGUGUGUAUUAAAAAUAGGAAUAUGCGCGUGCACCGGUCUCCGCUAUUUAUUAUAGUUGUGUGAACAUUCUCGCCUAACCCAUCCCCCGAACCCCUCUACCCUUAUCCAUCCACCCGCGCGCAACGCGAAUUUCGUUUUGUGCCGUAUAAGAUAUAGAGAACCUUGAACCGAAACUCACUGUUCGCGAUUCAUUAGAUAAUUUGCAAAUGAUGCAUCUAUUGACGCCGUGUCGCCGUUGGUUCUGUCCGUGAAGAUACUUCCUUUCGUUCGUUACGAAGGUAAGGAGAAAAAGAAAACAAAUCGCACGAUUGAUUUUUCACUUCUGUGAACAAUAAUUUUAAUGAACUUGUGGUUUAUAAGAAACCCCUUUAUUUGUUACGACAUGAGCUGUUCAAAUGUAUAAAAACGAAAGGAACAAAGGAUAUGUUACGAAGCGAAGGUUGAGGAAGGAAGAAAGAAAGAAAGAAAAGAGGAGGAACCAACGGUCGAGUGUCAUCCGGGGACUCGUUCAAGAUAGUCUGAAGGAAGGAACAAACGCUAUACUUUUCGUCCUAGUUUAUCCCGAGACUCGAAGAAGAAAGAAAAACAGUUCUAUGUCACCGCAUAGCUAUUUACGAGAAAAGCAUUUUGAUUUUGCGAGAGAAUACAGAGAGAAUACGAGUACAUUUUCCUUCGCAUGUCGAGAUAAAAUAUAAAUAAAAAGAUAUGAACAUAUAUAAAUAUAUAAGUAUGUAUAUAUAAAUAGAAGAUUAAACAAAGGAUUAUAACAGAAUGAUAAUACCAUGCACUGAAUUUAUUCAUAUAUGAUAUUAAAUUCAUUGGUAAAGUUA